CAUACCUCAUUCCUCUCAAAGCACCUUCAAACACUCGAUCAUUGGUGAUUGAAACACAUAAACAGAAAAAAAAUGACGCUGUCGAAGAAGGCUACUUGCAACUCUCACGGCCAAGAUUCGUCCUACUUCCUAGGAUGGGAGGAGUAUGAGAAGAAUCCCUACGACCAACUCCACAACCCCAACGGCAUCAUUCAGAUGGGCCUCGCCGAGAAUCAGCUCUCCUUCGACCUCCUCGAAUCUUGGCUGGCCGCGAAUCCCGACGCCGCCAGCUUCAAACGAGACGGCCAGUCCAUCUUCCGCGAACUCGCCCUCUUCCAAGACUACCACGGCCUCCCCGCUUUCAAAAAUGCAAUGGUGAAAUUCAUGUCGGAGAUCCGGGGCAACAAGGUGAAGUUCAACCCGAACAAGCUAGUGCUGACCGCGGGCGCCACCUCAGCCAAUGAGACUCUCAUUUUUUGCCUGGCCAACCCGGGGGAGGCGGUCCUUCUCCCGACCCCUUACUACCCCGGGUUCGACCGGGACCUCAAGUGGCGGACCGGGGUCGAGAUCGUCCCCAUCCACUGCACUAGCUCCAACGGGUUCAGAAUAACCGGGCCAGCCCUCGAGGAGGCCUACCAAACCGCCCAGAAACGGAACCUCAAAGUGAAAGGCGUGCUCGUCACCAACCCGUCCAACCCGCUCGGCAUAACCCUGACCCGAACCGAGUUAGACCUUUUGGUCGAUUUCAUCGACCAAAAGGGCAUCCACCUCAUCUCCGACGAGAUCUACUCCGGCACCGUUUUCGACUCCCCCAGCUUCGUCAGCAUCAUGGAGGUUCUAAUAAACCGGAACUACAUCAACACCGACGUAUGGGACCGGGUCCACAUUGUCUACAGCUUGUCCAAGGACUUAGGCCUACCCGGUUUCCGGGUCGGGGCGAUAUACUCCAACGACGAAAUGGUCGUCGCCGCCGCCACAAAAAUGUCCAGCUUCGGCCUCGUCUCCUCCCAAACUCAAUACCUCCUCUCCGCCAUGCUCUCCGACGACAAGUUCGCCCCGAACUACGUCGUCGACAAUCAAAAGCGCCUCAAGAACCGGCACGCGAUGCUGGUCCGGGGCCUCAAGGCCAUCGGGAUCUCCUGCCUCAAGAGCAACGCCGGCCUCUUCUGCUGGGUCGACAUGCGCCACUUACUCACCGCCAACACCUUCGAAGCAGAGAUCGAUCUCUGGAAAAAAAUCGUCUACGAAGUCGGGCUAAACAUCUCGCCCGGUUCAUCAUGCCACUGCGACGAACCGGGCUGGUUCCGGGUCUGCUUCGCAAACAUGUCUGAAGACACGCUGAACCGGGCGGUCCAGCGCAUGAAGGCGUUUGUGGAAACCGCCCGGGCCGGUUUUUCGCAGAAUCAGACCAGGAGCGGUUCGAGGAGGAAGGCAUUCACCAAAUGGGUUUUUCGGCUAUCGUUCCAGGACCGUGACCGCGAGCGAUAGAGCAUCUCAUUCUCAAUUAUUUUUCUACUUCAA